CCCCCGAACGAAACCAGCUGGUGUCGUUUCCCCCGCGCGGGAAAAGGAAAACUAAAAACCACGAUGGCGGGAAUCCGUUAUCUAAUAAAUUAAAAGUUACCCUCCUCCCCCCCUGUCUUCCAUUCGCUAACAAUUGACUCAGUCUUCCAAAAAAUUCACAUUUCUAGGGUUUCAAAAAAACGAAAAAAUGUUUUCAAGCAGCCAAUUCGACGCCACCUCCGCCUUCUCCGGCGGCGGAUUCAUGCCUUCUCAAUCCACUCAGCUCACCGAUUCCACACCUUCUCCCGCUAAAAGUCGCAAUUCGUUGGGUGUGGUUCCAGUUACGGUGAAGCAGAUAAGCCAAGCUUCUCAAUCUGGUGAUGAGAAGUCAAGUUUUGUGAUCAACGGUGUGGAUGUUACCAAUGUUACGGUUGUUGGAAUGGUGUUUAAUAAAGCUGAAAAGUCGACUGAUGUUAGUUUUGUCAUAGAUGAUGGAACAGGCCGUAUUGGUUGUAGAAGAUGGGUGACCGAGAAUUUUGACAAAUUGGAAAUGGAGGCAGUACAAGAUGGAAUGUAUGUUCGAGUUAUUGGACACUUGAGAGUUUUUCAAGAUGUCAAGCAGUUGGUUGCUUUCUCUGUCAGGCCUGUGACAAACUUCGAUGAGAUUACUUUUCAUUUUAUAGAUUGCAUACAUUCCCAUUUGCAGAAUUCCAAAUUGCAGGGUGGAGCUUCAACUCAGCCUCAUAUGGUAGAAUCAUCAAUGAACACUCCUGUGCGGAAUGGUCAGACAUUCACAUCAAACCUGAUGUCCAAGCAAUUUGAUGUUGAUGGGCUAAAGGAUUGUGAUCAAUUGGUCCUUGAUCGUCUGCAACAGUCUUCAAGCAUGGUUCUUGGUUGCAGUGGACAGGAAAAAGGGAUGCACAUGGAUGAACUUUGCCAACAGCUGAAACUUCCCAUGGAGAAGAUCAAGGAAUCUAUUAGAUCACUUGAGGAUGAAGGUUUAAUAUACUCUACAAUUGACGAGUUUCACUACAAAGCAACCUGAUGAAGUUCACAGUAUUUUUGAAUGCUACCCAGUCUGCAAUGCUGUUGCGAGUUAUUUUGUUCCUUCUUUUGAAUAUUAACAGAACAGCCUGUAGAUAUUUAUUUGUUUCCAUGUUAACAUCUUAAGUGCAGGGAUCUGGACAUGUGUGUUAUCGCUAAAUCAUAUAUAGAAUUUCACAACAUUUUGAUGUUU